UGAGUGCUAAUGGAGCCUGAAAAUUAUCAACCUAAAGACUCGCUUCUUUCGACUCAACGGAAACAUCAUUUUACCAUCCAAACAGGGAACGUCGGAUAAAUACAGAAAUGGCGACUGGACCUGCAGUAAGCUCAGCUCUAGAGACGAUCAGCAGACAUCAUCUUGAGUGCAGCAUAUGUCAAGAGAGAUAUCAACAGCCCAAGAUACUGGAAUGCCUACAUAGCUUUUGUGCGCAAUGUCUGCUGAAAUACUGCAGCACGAAGCAUCAGGGUGCUGCAGAAAUUCCUUGCCCUGUGUGUCGGCAGGAGACGAAGCUUCCUGAGGUGGGUGUGCAGGGUCUGAAAACCAACUUUCAUUUGAUUGGUCUGGUUGAGGAAUUGGAACUGCAGGAAAAGUUGGUGUUUUCGGGUGACACAAAGCUGCUAUGUGAGACGUGUGAUGAUGGCAAUGAAGCAACACAUCGAUGUUUGGACUGUGCACAGAAUAUCUGCUCACGUUGUCAAAGUUCACACAAAAGAUUUGUAACUACAUCAAGCCACGUAAUAGCUACUUUGGAGGACGUACGUGAGGGAAAGGUGAAACUGAUGAAGGAAAAUCCAAGAAAACAUCCAAAAUGUCCAAUACAUGAAGGCGAAGUGACAAGGUUCUUCUGCAAGACGUGUGAAACACUGAUCUGCCGAGAUUGUACCGUCAUUGACCACUGUAAGCCAGAACACUCGUACAUUGACAGAAAUCUGGCCACAUCCACAUACAAGCAAUUGUUGGCUGAACUGGUACCUCCACUUGAAAACACAAUGACAGAACUCAAGAAAUCACGAGAGAGAGCUUCAAGAAUAAAAGCAGAUUUGGGUGUCACAGUUAAGAGGGCCAUGACAGAAGUGCAAGACAGAGCAGCUGAGAUACGAGCAGAGGUAACGGCUCAAGAAAACCGCAUCCUUGACGACAUCCAAAACAUCCAAACAGAUCGUGAGCAAAAACUGGCCGAAUGUGAGAAAACUAUGGGCUUGGCAGCGGAGAGAUUUCAGUAUUCACUAGACACAGCUAGAGAGGUGACAAAGACUGCAUCUGAUGGUGACUUUCUCUCACUCUAUCCCACAGUCAGCAAAGACUUGAAAUUGUUGGCAGAUCAGAGUAUGCCUGGAGUGGACAACAGGCUUGCAUUCCUGAAGUUCAAGCAGAGUGAGGGUGUUGGUGGCAUCAGUCUGGGUGAGGUGGUGACGGAAGGUAAAUGGGAGCUGUGUCGGGAGUUUGGUAGCAUGAGAAGAGGUCCAGGAGCGUUCAAUGUGGCUUGGGACAUUACUGCUCGUCAACCUGAUGAGAUUGCAGUGACUGACUACUAUAACAAACGAGUUGUGAUCUGCAGCAUCGAUGGCAACCAGAAGAGCACGAUCCCGAUGCAAGGAUGUCCACGCGGCAUCGCAGCUACACGCAGCGACAAUCGCUUGGUGGUUGUUGAGCAAAGCGCAUCCCAUGUGAAGGUGUUCAACAGUGACAACAAGCUGGCAUACAAGUUCCCAACGGUGCCAACGAGUGAGGUCGGUAAGACCACUGUUGACCUUCAGAGCGUAGCUGUCAAGAAUGAUGGUACCAUUGCAGUGGGAGAUGUGGCGAGGAUGGUAUUGACAGUGCACAGCCCCACUGAUGGUGAGCUCCUUCAUACCAUACCAGUCAAGAUUAAACCUUAUUUUCUGGCUUUUGACAGCAAUGAUCGAGCGAUAAUAAGUGACUAUGAAUCAAAGACAGUGGAUAUUACCGAUGGCAAUGGUACUACAAAACGCACCAUCAAACCCACCAUCAAUGGUCAACCAGUACAUCACUGCAGCGGUGUAUGCACUGAUAGCUCAGGUAUCUAUGUUGCAAUGCAUAAUGGUAGCAACACGGGUCAUAUCCACCACUAUGACCCUCAAGGUGGCUUCCUCCAGUGCAUCGCACAGGGUCUGUAUAACCCGCGGGGUAUCAAAUUCUCAUCACAUGGGCAGCUGGCAGUGGCUGACUGGUACUCGGUCAAAAUGUAUCACCAGGUGUGAUACAGCUUUCUAAUCAGUCAUGUCAAUUUCUCAUCAUUUGAGGCAUGUUGAUAGAAAAAAGUAAAGAGCGGUUCUAUCACAACAAUGAAUUAAAAGUUUAAGAAUAUUGAUACAUCACGUAUUAUACAAAAACGUGUACGGUAUUGGAUUACAUGGGGUGUAUCAUUUUGACUUUCUGAUCAAUCGGUCGAUUUUGUCCACAACUGUGGGCGGUUGAAGAUAUCUUGUCAUAAUUUCAUCAAGUAUAAUUAUAAUUCACCUUUUCAGUUCAUUCAAAAGAAAAAAAGAUAAGAUAAAAAAAGUUUACAUUGAAUCAAAUCCGGUGAUAAUUUUGAAAAAGCUUUAAGAAUCAAAUUGAAGAAGAAAAACCCUAAAAGCAAAUAAGGUUUUUAAUUCAUGUAUAUUAUUCAUCCUCAGCUCAAGUACUAUAAGGAUAAACAAAGUAAAACGUUAUUCCAAAGAAAACUUGAAAUACCACGAUUACAGUUUUGUUUCAAUAUCAAUUUCUCUCAUACGUUAGAUGUAUUUCGUUGUUCAACAAACAACAUACUGGUUCUGACAACUGAGGGUGUCAAUGUGAUAUGAAAACAAAUCGUAGCCCAUUGACAAAAUUAUGUUUGUGCACAAUAUACGCUCAUUGACCAACUGUGAGAGACUAAAUAAACAAUUAAACUCCAGAAAGACAUCAACAAAAAUGAAUUCGGCCCGAAAGCCUAGCAGGCCUACAUCGCAAUAGUUCUGGCAAACUUUUAUCUUACAACAGGUAGAUGAUACAAGCCUUUGCCAAGAAAUUGCGACACUUGUAGAGCUAAGGUUGAUCAUUCGGUUAAAAACAUAUUGUAAUUUAUAUUCAACCUGCCUGUAAAUACGCAGUUUAGAAAA